CACCACUCCUACGCCCCCACACAGCACAUAUCAAUCAAAUACAAAAACUCUCUCUUGGCCCAUUCAAAUUAUCUCAAGUAAUUUUGAUUAUUAAUCUUUUUAUUCCUGUUAUAAUUAUUGUUCCUGCCUGCUACAGGGAUUAUUAUUGAAGCCGUAGAUUUAUAGGCUGUAGCUAUAAUAGAGUGGUUUGAUAAAAGAGAGAGACUAUCUCAAAGACAUGCUUGCUUCUCACCACCUUCCUAGCUAUUACCUUGCAUCCAACACAAUUUUUCACUUGGAGCAGCAAACUGUUUGGUUUAUAAGUAGCAAUCUCAUCCUUUUGCUUUUCUCCAGAUUGAUCUCUCUUCUUGCUCCUCGAUCCAAGGGCUAGCUAGCUAGAUCGUACUUUUUUUGUUUGUUUGUUUGUUAGAAGAAGAUCAUCUUUGCUUGUUUUGGUUUUGAGAUUUCAAGAGAUGGGGUUGAGUUCUAAGCAGGUUUCUAGUGAUGGGCUUGACUGGAGCCAGAACUUGUUACAGGAGCUGCCAAAGGCUCCUCCUCCAAUGAGGCGGCAACAGCAGCAAAAUCAGCAGCAGCAAUCCGAGCCAUUGAAGUGUCCAAGGUGUGAUUCUGCGAACACCAAGUUCUGUUACUACAACAACUACAACAAAUCCCAGCCUCGGCAUUUUUGCAGGGCUUGUAAAAGGCACUGGACUAAGGGCGGAACUCUGCGCAACGUUCCUGUUGGUGGCGGCCGCAAGAAUAAGAGGAUUAAAAAGUCCACCGCUGCUGCGCCAUCUGCCACCACCAGCACCAGCACCAGCAAUACCCUGUUGGCAAUCCAAGGUCAGCAGCAGCAGAGGCAGAGUCUUCCUGUUUCGCUUGGCGAUCAAAGAUGCAUGUCUGAAAUUCUCUACCAGUCGUUGCUUCAUCCGCCGUCUUCUCUGCCACAGAAGAAUUUGAUCAACUCUGCCAACAACAACAACAACUGUUUGGGUUCAACUCUGCCUCAUCUUCCUCUAGACCAAACCCUGCAGUUUCCCUUCUCAAGCUCAAGCUCUUUUAACACAAACCCAUUAUUCUCAGUUUCAUCUUCUUUCCCCUCCUCCAACGUUUAUAAUUACUCUGAAGAAAUCAACACCAAGGAGGCACAGGAGCCAACCAUUACCACAAGCAGCAGCACUGCCACUCAGCCAUGGCAAAUACCCACAACAACAACAACCACCGGCAUGGACAUGUCAACUUACUGGAAUUGGGAAGAUAUGGACCCCUUCGCCUCCACUGAUCUCAAUCUACCUUGGGAUGAUUCUGAAAUCAAACCAUAAAGGAGUUUAAUUAAUUAACCAUGUUAGCAGCAGUGUCUAUAUAAGUAUGCAAUUUCAAUGUGGUGUUUUUGUGUGAUAAGAGUACUUGGUUCUCUUUCAAUGUCACAGUUGUUAUUAAUAUUAUUUUUUUUUUCGUCUAAUUCCAGGUGAUCAUAAACUCUAUAGACUAUAGUCUCUCUCUCAAUAUGCAAGUGCUAUAGAGAGAUGUAGACUGUUUGAAGUUGUCCUUUUUAGUUUCAGCUUCAGGCUAAGGUGUCCAUCUGUAACUCUUUUCCUCCGAAUCCGAUGGAAUAGUAUCCUGUGUAUGUAUGACAGCUUAGUUUCGAUCUUCGCCAUAGAUGGUUGUUAGAAUUCUGGGUGUUUUAUGAUGAGGAUGAUCAGAGUAAUAGGGUCUCCGGCCAGCAGGACUGAUUUAAUUUGAAUGAUAUUGGAUGUUGGUUUGUUUGCUCA